UCUAUGGUUCAGCGGUGGCUAGAGGGGACGCUGGCAGGCGGCAGGGCGCCAGCUCCCGAGGGUCAUGCCGGGGUCACGGCCCUUCUUCCUUUCGCGGUGCAUGCCGGGCCGCUGGCGGAGCGGCGCGCGCGCGCGCUUCCGUCCGGGCCUUGCGGCUGCGGCCACCGGGGCUGGUUCCAAGAUGGCGACGUCCCUGGGCUCCAACACCUACAACCGGCAGAACUGGGAGGACGCGGACUUCCCCAUUCUGUGUCAGACAUGCCUUGGAGAAAACCCCUAUAUCAGAAUGACCAAAGAGAAAUAUGGAAAAGAAUGCAAGAUUUGUGCCAGGCCCUUCACAGUGUUUCGCUGGUGCCCAGGUGUUCGAAUGCGCUUUAAGAAGACAGAAGUGUGCCAAACAUGUAGCAAGCUGAAGAAUGUGUGUCAGACCUGCCUGCUUGACCUGGAAUAUGGUCUACCUAUUCAGGUUCGAGAUGCAGGACUCUCUUUUAAGGAUGACAUGCCUAAAUCUGAUGUCAAUAAAGAGUAUUACACCCAGAACAUGGAGAGAGAAAUUUCAAACUCUGAUGGCACAAGACCAGUUGGUGCUCUAGGAAAAGCUACUUCUACCAGUGACAUGUUGCUUAAACUGGCUCGGACCACCCCUUACUAUAAACGCAACCGACCCCACAUCUGUUCUUUUUGGGUGAAAGGAGAAUGCAAGAGAGGGGAAGAGUGUCCCUACAGACACGAGAAACCUACAGACCCAGAUGAUCCUCUGGCCGAUCAGAACAUCAAAGAUCGUUAUUAUGGUAUUAAUGAUCCUGUAGCUGAUAAGCUUCUGAAACGGGCUUCAACCAUGCCUCGUCUGGACCCACCUGAUGACAAGACCAUUACCACACUAUAUGUAGGAGGCCUGGGAGACACCAUCACCGAGACUGAUCUGAGAAAUCACUUCUACCAGUUUGGAGAGAUCCGGACGAUAACCGUGGUACAGAGGCAGCAGUGUGCAUUCAUCCAGUUCGCGACACGGCAAGCUGCAGAAGUGGCUGCUGAGAAAUCCUUUAACAAGCUUAUUGUCAAUGGACGCAGACUCAACGUCAAGUGGGGGAGGUCCCAAGCAGCAAGAGGGAAAGAGAAGGAGAAAGAAGGUACUACAGAAUCUGGUAUAAAGCUGGAGCCAGUCCCAGGACUACCUGGAGCUCUUCCCCCUCCUCCAGCUGCAGAAGAAGAAGCAUCUGCAAAUUACUUCAACCUACCUCCCAGUGGCCCUCCAGCCGUGGUUAACAUUGCCCUGCCACCACCCCCUGGCAUUGCUCCGCCCCCACCUCCAGGUUUUGGACCGCACAUGUUCCACACCAUGGGGCCUCCACCUCCCUUCAUGAGAGCCCCAGGCCCCAUCCACUACCCUUCUCAAGAUCCACAGAGGAUGGGUGCCCACGCUGGGAAGCACAACACUCCCUAGCACCCCAUUGACCUGUUCACCGUUUGAGUAGAUGUCAUUUUUUUUGGUUACCAUGGUAGCAUAAUAUGUUCAGCUGUGGGCGAGCUGGAGACUAAGCCUUGCUUCCUGCUUGCACGCACAGGGCAAGCUGAGCUCUGUUGUGUUGCCCCUAGCGAAUCUGGUCAUUCAUAUAACCUGAAUCAUUCACUUACUAUCAUGGGUGGGGGAUGUGGGAGGGAGGAAUGUGGAGAGACGUGAUCUAGAGGGUCCAUGAAUGAAUUGUACGAGAAUUACAAUCCCAUCAGUGUGUUCAAUUUUGCACAUUUUGAAAUAAAUUUUUCUCCUGGGGAAAAAAAACACACCUUUAGCCAGUUUGAUAGCCUCAGCAAUUUACACCCUGGAAUGGAUUGGGGUCUCUUGUACAGACUUAACUGGAAAUUUUGCUAGUAAUAUUCAUUCCGGAGUCAAAUAACUAGUGAUUCAUCAUUGAAAAAAGAUACCAGGUCGUCUAGCACUAAGCCAGAACUCUCCAAGAUAACACUGAGGGGAAAGGAAACUAGCAUCAGGCGCACAACUUCCAGGGAUUUCUCCUUCUACUUACUGUGACCUUUUUUUCUCCUUUUUUGGGUUGCUUUUCUUCUGAUCGUGAGGAAAACGUGGAGAAUCCUAAGCCCCUGUAGUUAGUCAGUUAAGUGCUAGGUAAUGCAAACAAUUCCCCUACUGUCAAUUCCAGCAUGACCCAAACAGGCGCUCAAGCAGCCAUCUAUUUCAGAUAGGCCAGCUGGGACCUUCCCGCCCCUCUCCUUGGAGAAUGAACAUUGUUACUGAAACUGCCAGGAAUGAGACAGCAGUAAUACUGCAAGCUCAUCCAGUCUGAACUAUGGCUUUUGUGGCCUUCGUGUAAAAUGGCUGUCAAGCUGUGAAAUGGACCAAACCAUUUUCUGGUUUUUUUUUUUAAGAGCUCUGAGUUCAGCAUUCACCCUGGAGCAUCUGUUCUCUGCAUAAACUCUGUAAUUUAAUACAGUGCUUAGGAGUCCGGGUGGGGGAUUUUAAAGUACAAAAGUCUGUUGCUUUGAUGUAACUGAUCUGUAGAUAUGUUUUGGUAAAGAGAAACAUGUGAUGAGAUAAAGCCUUAUUUACUUGUUUUUGUUUUUUUAAAUUAAAAUGAGCAGAUUUUCCAAAUAUUUGGACCCUGCUUCCAGAGGCA